UGCGCAUCAAGCAACACUGGGAGCUACUUGCUAAACAUGAACUCCAAGCCUAAAGAGAAAAUGUUUUUGGAUUUUGGGACAUGGGAGCAAACACUUCAAGAACUGAUGCAAGAGGUGAAACCCCGGGACAGGUGGUGUCUGAAGCUGGAUGAGACUCUUAAGCCAGACUCUGUGGCCCAAGGGUGGAAGCAGUACCAGCAGAAGGCGUUCGGCAGGUUUCGAUGUUCCUCAUGCAAGCGAAGUUGGGCUUCCGCCAAAGUGCAGAUCCUAUGUCACAUGUACUUGGAGCGCCGGAAGUCCCAGGGCCAGGUGCUUAUGAGGCUCUUUGCUCAGAGGUGCAAGAAGUGUUCCAAGUCUCACUUUGAGAAGCCUGAGUUCUCCUUAGAUAGUGCCAUGAGGAUUUUGAACAACCUGGUGCGGCGUAUUCAGGAGAGAUGCUACGAGAACGGCAUCAGGAAGUUCGCGGAGAUCCCGGUGAUCCCGGAGGUGCCUUUGGAAGGGUCCCAUGACAUGGCCAAUUGUGAGGCGUGCAUUCUGGGCUUCUGUGCACAGAGCUUACAAAACUGCACAACACCAUCCAAAUCUCCUUUCCCCUACAUGGAGUUUCGGAGCUCCUUGCCUCACAGUGGUGACAUGUGCAGCCAAAACCAAGCCAUGAACCAGUCAGCCAAGGCAGAGAAGGCUCAGAGGAGAGGGAAUUCCUGUGAGCAUAAGAGGUCAGGGCCCAGCCAUGCCACUGCUGGAACCCAACUGCCUAGGACAGGCCCUCGGCCCAAACAAGAGACAGGCCAACAGCCCACACCAGGGGCAGACCAGCAGGCUGCACGCAGAACAAAGCCACAGCCCACCCAAGUAACAAAAUCUCAUCCCCCAGGGUGCACAAACCGACAGCCCACACAAGCAGUAGGUUCAUUACCUUCACCAUCUGCAAAUUCACUGUCUGCCCUGGGAACAGGACCACAAACCCCCCAGAAGACGUACUCUCAGGCUGUAAGGUGUGCCAGCCAACAGUCAAAACAGGAGAUACUUUCACAAGCCACACAAGAGGCAGGACUUCAGGCCCCAAGGGGAACAGACCCACAGCCCACACGGAGAGUAGGCCCCACAACUACACGUGGAUCUGACACCUGCAAUGAAAUUCAUGCUCUUCUGAGAAGGCAGGAGAGGUGUUCACCCAGAGGGCCUCCUCCAGAUGGCUUUUCCAGAUCUUCAAUGCCACCAAAUAAUUUUCAUGGCCCAGAUAACUUGUUCAUGUGGGGCUUUGUCUGUGUUGCUGCUCUAUGGGCCUUUAUUAUACGCAGAUACCUUUAAAUAGAAUGAUGAAAAUAGUCUUUUCUUCUCCUAUUGUCUUACUUUCAUGGUAUUCAAUGAACGAGCUGACAUUUUAAUAUGACAAAGAAUUUGCUUUGAGACCAAGCAAAGUCAAGUUUGUAGACUGGUUUCCUGGACUUCCUUUGUAGAUAGUCUAAAACGUGACCUAGCAGAUAAUAAACCAAUAAUAAACAUUUGUUUAAUAACUAAAAGGUGUUUGUCCAUCCAUUCACUUACCUAUUCAUUGGUAUCAAUAUAUAGACUGUAUCUCCACAGGAACUGAAGGUCAUGAGUGUUAUUAGAAAGGUAUUGUAUAGGCUGAAUAAUGGUCCCCCAAGGAUGUCCAUAUCCCAAUCUCCAGAACCUGUGAAUAUGUUGCUUUACAUGGAAAAAGGGACUUUGCAGAUGUGCUUAAACUAAGCAUCUUGAGAUGGGGAGAUUAUUCUGCAUUAUUAAGAUGGGCCCAAUGUAAUCCCAAGGGUCAUUAUAGGAGGGAGGCAAGAGGAUCAAAGUCAGGAAAAGAAGGAGAGAUAAUGAUGGAACAAGAGGUUGGAGUGAUGUGCUUUGAAGAUGGAGGAAGGAGCCACGAGCCAAGGAAUUCAGGCAGCUUCUAGAUGCUCAUAAAGGCAAAGAAGCAGAACCUCCAGAGGAACAUCUCUGCUUACACAUGACUUUAGUCCAGUGAGACUGAUUUUAAACUUCUGACCCACAGAAUUGCACUAUAGUAAAUUUGUGUUGUUUUAAGACACUAAGUUUGUAGAUCUA